AUGGAGGUCUGGCUGCUUUGUCUCUGGAUUCCCCUCACUCAGGCGGUGGAAGAGACCUUGCUGAACACCCGGCUGGAGACGUCGGAUCUGAAGUGGACGACGUACCCCCAGACAGACGGCCAGUGGGAGGAGCUGAGCGGGCUGGACGAGGAGCGCCAGCACUCGGUGCGCACGUUCGAGGUGUGCGCGGUGGAGGGACCGGGCCGGGAGGCCUGGCUGCGCAGUGGCUUUGUGCCGCGCCGGGGGGCGGCCCACGUCUACGCCGAGCUGCGCUACACGGUGGUGGAGUGUUUCUCCCUCCCGCGCCCGGCCCGGGCCUGCAAGGAGACCUUCAACGUCUUCUUCUACGAGGCCGAGCGGGACCUGGCCACGGCCACCGACCCGCCCUGGCUGGAGAACCCCUGGGUCAAAGUGGACACGGUGGCGGCCGAGCACCUGACCCGCAAGCGCCCGGGGGCCGAGGCCACGGGGAAGGUGAACGUCAAGACCCUGCGGCUGGGGCCGCUCACCAAAGCCGGCUUCUACGUGGCCUUCCAGGACCAGGGCGCCUGCAUGGCCCUGCUGGGCGUCCGGCUCUACUUCCAGAAGUGCCCGGGGGCCGUGGCCCGCCUGGCCGCCUUCCCGGAGACGGUGCCCCGGGAGCUGGUGACACCCGUGGCCGGCGCCUGCGUGGCCGGGGCCGGGCCGGAGGGGCCAGGGCCCCUCAGCAUGUACUGUCGGGAGGACGGGCGCUGGGCCGAGCACGCGCCCGCCGGCUGCGUCUGCCUGGCCGGGCACGAGGCCGCCGAGGGGAACACGCAGUGCCGAGCCUGUGUCCCUGGCACCUUCAAGGCCACGCAGGGUGAGGGCUCCUGCCAGCCCUGCCCCCCCUACAGCUAUUCCUCGGCGCCCGGCUCCGCCAUCUGCUCCUGCCGCAAUGGGUACUUCCGCGCCAGCGCCGACCCCCUCGGCUCCCCCUGCACCACGACCCCGUCAGCCCCGCGCAGUAUCGUGCCCCAGAUCAACGGCUCGGUGGCGGUGCUGACCUGGAGCGAGCCCCUGGAGAGCGGGGGCCGGUGGGACGUGACCUACAACGUGCUCUGCUCCGAGUGCCCCGAUGGGCAGCCGUGCCGGCGCUGCGCUCGCCUGACCUACGCCCCCAGCGCGGCGGGGCUGGCGGAGCAGGGGGUGACGGUCCAGGGCCUGCAGCCCUACGUCACCUACACCUUCGAGAUCCAGGCCGUCAACGGGGUGUCGGAGCUGAGCCCCAACCCGCCCCAGGCCGAGCUGGUCAACGUCACCACCAACAAGGACGUGCCCCCGCCCGUGGACAGGGUCCAGGGGUCUCUCUCCCCGACCGGGAUGGUUCUGAGCUGGCCGGUGCCCCACCCCCCCAGCGGGCACAUCCUGGACUACGAGGUGAAAUACUAUGAGAAGGGCGCGGCGGGCGGGGAGUCCCCCAUGUUCCUGAAGGCGUCAGAGGCCCGGCUGACGCUGGGGCAGCUGCGCCGUGGGGCGUCCUAUGGGGUGCAGGUCCGCGCCCGCUCCGAGGCCGGCUAUGGGGAAUUCGGGCCGGAGUUCCUCGUCCCCAUGCACGGCAGUGAGGCGGGGGGCCGGGCGGAGCAGCUGGGGCUGAUCGUGGGGGCGGCCGCCGUGGGGGCCCUGCUGGUGCUGGCGGUGGUGGCAGUAGCUGUUAUCUGUGUCAGGAAGCACGGGGCGGGGGGCCGCGACCCUGAAUACUCGGACAAACACGGCCAGUACCUCAUUGGGCAUGGCACCAAACUCUACAUCGACCCCUUCACCUACGAGGACCCCAACGAGGCCGUGCGGGAAUUCGCCAAAGAGAUCGACGUCUCCUACGUCAAAAUCGAGGAGGUGAUUGGCGCCGGAGUCCUCCAAGAUCAUCGCUAA